AUGGGGAAACAACUAUUUCUUAUUCUCAACUUUGUUCUCUUGUGGUGGUGGAGCUCAAUCACAAUCUCCGGAUCAUACUCGCAAAACCAAACAGAUCGGCUUGCGUUAGCCUCCUUCAAAAAUGCAAUACAUGAAGACCCGUUCGGAGUCUUGAGCUCUUGGAAUGAUUCUACCCAUCAUUGUGAGUGGCAAGGUGUUUUCUGCAGCAAAAGGCAUCCUGGGAGGGUCACGUCCCUAGUCCUAAGAUCACAAGGCUUGGAAGGCUUCCUAUCUGCUCAUAUAGGUAACCUCUCUUUCCUAAGGGUCAUGGUUUUACAGAACAACAGCUUCCAUGGCGAAAUCCAACCACAGAUUGGCAACUUGUUUCAGCUCCGUAAUCUCGAUCUUAGUAACAACUCAUUUCGUGGGCCAAUACCCUCCAAUCUUUCCCACCGCUUGAACCUUGAGAUCCUGAAUCUCAUAGAUAACCAACUUGUGUGGGGAAUUCAUUUCGAUCUUGGUUCUUUAACAAGACUUAAACAAUUGCUCUUGUCUAAGAACAGUCUUGUAGGUCCUAUUCCUCGUUGGAUUGGAAACCUCUCGCAGCUACAAGAGCUCUCCUUGGCAGAAAAUGAGUUGAGCGGAGAAAUACCCAAGGAAUUGUCCAGACUCAAGAGAUUGAUACUUUUCCAACUACGUUCCAACAAACUAACCGGUGAGGUUCCAACAGGGAUUUUAAACGUCUCUGACCUUCAUGUAUUCAGUGUUAGUCAUAACCAGUUGUGGGGAAUUUUUCUCAAUGAUGUCGGCACCGCUUCUCCUUCUCUCUACUUCCUUGGCGCCAGCUAUAACUUGUUCACCGGGAUGAUUCCGUCAACGUUAACGAAUGCCACAGGUCUUAAGAAUCUUAUACUUUUGAACAACAAUUUCCAUGGGCCAAUACCAAAAAAUCUGGGAAGUCUAAAGGGCCUUUAUGUGAUUGCAUUGGGUUUAAACCAGUUGCAGGAUGACUUGAGUUUUAUUUCUUCUUUAGCUAAUUGUUCCAACUUAAAAACUCUCGGGGUGGAAUGGAACUUAAUUCACGGAUCAUUGCCGAGAUCCUUCUCCAAUCUCUCCACAAUUAAGCGGAUAUCUAUGUCAGGCAAUCAUAUCAAAGGAUCUCUUCCUUUAGCCCUUGGAAAUCUCUUCAACUUGUCUUUCUUGGGUUUAAUUGAUAAUUUUCUAACUGAUUGUAUUCCUCAUUCCAUCGGAGCACUUUCCAACUUGCAGCAACUUCAUUUGAGCAGGAACAUGUUUACUGGAGAGAUACCAUCUUCGAUUGGUAACAUUACGUCAUUAGGUCUCCUUGACCUUUCCUCCAACAUUUUCCAAGGCUACAUACCGCAAAGUCUCGGCAACUGUAAGCAACUAAUUGAGCUUGAUUUUUCGAAUAAUAACCUAAUUGGCUCAGUUCCUGCCGAAAUCGUGGGCCUUUCUUCCUUGUCGAUCGCGUUGAGUUUAGCAAAUAAUAAUUUAAGUGGAUCUCUUCCAUUGCAAGUUGGAUCUUUAAAGAACCUUGGCAAAUUAGAUCUGUCUUACAAUAGACUGACCGGGUUAAUCCCGGCAUCCAUCAGCGAGUGCUUGGUAUUGGAGCGACUUCACUUAGAAGCUAAUUCUUUUCAUGGUCAAAUCCCCGAAGCUUUACGUCCAUUACGAGGUCUAAAAGAGCUGGACCUUUCCAAUAAUAAUUUUUCUGGUCCAAUCCCAAGCUUUCUCGCAGAGCUCCCACUACUCGAGUACUUGAAUUUGUCCUUCAAUCAACUAGAAGGACAAGUUCUAGAGCGUGGAGUUUUUCUUAAUGCAAGUUCUGUAUCGAUUUAUGGAAAUACAAAACUCUGUGGAGGUGUUCCCAGUCUGAAGCUACCUCUUUGCAAAUCAUCAAGCUCUAAGAAGUCUUCUUCAACCAAGGCUAGGGUAAUAUAUUGGGUUGCUGGCACUUUGUUAUGUUUAGCUUUGUUGCUCCUAUGUCUGGCUAUCUUUUACCACAAAAAGAAGCAGACGACAACCAUUGCCUCCACUUCAUUAUCUUUUGAGAACCAAUUCUUGAGGAUUUCUUAUGAAGAACUCCUGAGAGCGACUAAUAGAUUCUCCGAGACCAAUUCGAUUGGUAAAGGGAGAUAUGGCACAGUUUUUAAGGGGAUUCUUGAUGGCGGUGCCACGGUGGCAAUAAAGGUGCUCAAUCUAAUGCAAAGAGUGCAAAGGUUAAACAUCGCCAUCGACAUAGCUACUGCGAUCAAAUAUCUCCACAAGGGUUGUUAUCCAGCAAUCGUUCAUGGAGAUUUGAAGCCAAGUAAUGUGCUUUUGGACAAUGACAUGGUGGCUCGAGUUGGAGAUUUUGGGCUUGCAAAGAUCAUUUCAACAGUGUGUGUUGAAGCCACAGGAGUUCAGGACCAAUGUAGUUCAACUUCAACCGCAGUCAAAGGAUCCAUUGGCUAUGUGCCUCCUGAGUAUGGCAUGGGACACAAGGUUUCCACACUUGGGGAUGCAUAUAGUUACGGCAUUCUAUUAUUGGAGAUAUUCACUGGAAAAAGACCCACCGAAGAGGCCUUUGGGCACCAUCUUAACCUCCACAACUUCGUCCGAACGGCUCUUCCGGAUCGGGCAAUGGACAUCGUAGACUUAAGCCUUUUGAGUGAAGCUGGUGAUCGACAACAGGAGAUCAAGAUCAGAGAUUGCAUUUUCUCCAUAUUCGAAGUUGGAGUCGCAUGUUCGAUGGAAUCACCGCCGGAUCGGAUGGAUAUGACUGAGGCGAUCAGGAAAUUACACUUGAUCAAGCAGAAGAUCACGGGCGUGGACCGCAAGUGUGUCCCACCCUCCUUUUUCUUAAUAUACACCUUCCUCGUCAUUAACCUCAUCACCGUCGCCACUGCUGUCACCGCCGUCGCCGCCUUAGGAGGGCCACACCCCGAGGAGGCUGCUCUCGCCAAUGACGAUGCCGCUGGCAGCCUCCGCGGCUCGAAUGCCAAGACCAACUUCCUCCUCCUCCUCCCUCCGCUGCCUCCGCCCUCUCCCUCGCCCUCAAAUGACACAAGCCUCGCGUGGUUGUGGGGUGGGCUCCAUAAGGAGGGAAAAGAUGGGGAGGAGAAGAGAGAGCGGUGUUGGGAUUUUGAGGAGUGA